AUGGGGCCUGGGAGCCGGGGCGAUGCAUUCGCCAUCGGAGGUUCUUUGGAGUUGGAGGCAGCGGGAACACUCAUGUUGGACGAGAAGAGCGGCACCGGCAUCAUUGCAUCGCUUCCGCAAGCAACCUACCCGAUGUUUUUCUCAUACGCGAUUGGGCUGCAUGACAGAGCUGCGUCUGCCGGGAAGUCCCUGCCCUCAAGCCGAAAUGAAAGUCUUGGCGACUUGAGUGUGACAUCCAGAAGUGCUGAACACAGCCUCACCGCUGUGGAUUCCAAGCAACGUGCCAAAUGUGCCCUCUACCCCAUUUCAAUGAUCUUUUCGGACCACACAUGUGAGGUCUGGCUGUGCUAUUCCUCGUGGUUGAAGGCUCAGCUGGUGUGUGUGGGCUACUUCCACGUUCAAAAAUUCAGUUUUACCGAUCAUACGAAUAAUUACGUAAGAGCCACUCGCUCCGUCAACACCAAAAAUGGCAUCUCCAAGUGUUUUGGAAUGAGUGCAUCUUGGGAGGAUGGGGUAUUUCAUCUGACAUGGAAUGCGAUGAGAUCUGAAGAGAAGUUUGACGUCAUAAAGGGCUUUAAGAGGGGGAUAGCGGUCCUUGCGGCCCAACUACGACAUUCUUUCUUACCACGGAUAGAAAUUUCGCAUGGUUGUCCAAAUGUGCUUCUCACCGAAUUUGUUCCGGGUUCAACGCUGACGGAGCUGAUGGCGCGUGCAACAUUGCACCUUCCAGCCUUUGUUACCUCGCGCUGGGGGACGGAAACAAAACGACCUCUUAAAAUCUCCCUUAUACGUCACAUACUUUCGGGAGUCCUACAUGCCCUCUUGGAUCUUCAUGCCUGUGGUGUGGGGCAUGGCAGCUUACGACCAGACUUGGUCGUUGUAACGCCCGACUUAAACGUGUCUAUACUCACUGCGUUAUUUUUUGCCAUGAGUGAGGAUGCGGAGUGGCUGCGUUGGUGCUCACCGGAUGUUGCUCUCUCUGGUGUACAAGACGAUGUGUGUGGCGCCCAAAAACAAGCAGACGACAUCUGGGCAUUUGGUUGUCUGGCGUUCUUCCUGGCAACUGACAAGGUCCCUUUCCACGACAAGUUUGACGUGACAGCUGUGAUGUCGGAAUUAAAACUUCUACGUUUUGCGGCGGAAGCUGACCGAAGAGGUUUGCGUAACCCUGACGGGAGCAUGCGGGGGAGGCAGCGGGGACAUUUUCUGGAGGUGGACAAGAUUAGCAAUGGGAGCCUGCGGGAUUUGAUUGAGCAAUGCACUCGAUUGCUUUGGGCGGAACGGCCAGACAUCUUUUCUCUCCGAAAGCAUCCCUUUUUCACUGAAGGGGCGGAUGAGAGUCGCGGUUUUUGCCAAGAUGACGUGCGAACUUUUUUGGAACGCGCGCGAAGUUUGGCGUCUGCGGGCGAGGCAACGGUGAAAGAGUUUGUUUGCCAGGAUGCUCUCAAGCAGAGAACGGUGCAGGAGGCGGAGGUGGAGAAUUUUGCCGAGGAGGAACUGAGUGCGCUGCUGUUAUCUUAUAGUGUGAAGGAUAUUUUGCUUUGGCGCAUUGCGCUCGGCCUCCAACACAGGCAUUUUACCAUUGGACUUGGUGCUAAUUUCGCUAAUCAUGCGAUUUUGCCUCCAGUGGACUUUCCUGCUGAGCUGGGGCUGCAACCGUGCUCGGUGUUAGACAUUCCCUUUGGACUUUCCAAGGUGGCGACGGAAGCGGUGCGGGCGGCGCUUCAAACCAGCAAGGAUUUUCACACGGUGGUCUCAGCAUUUGUUAAUUCUGCGCAGAACGACGAGGAAUUGCUUUGCGCCUUGGUGGAGUUUGCAUGCGUCGCGUCUGCCAGCGAGGAGUCUCAGUGCAGCUGCAGCAAGCCUCCUUCUCCUGCAGCUAAAACGAAUCCUCUCAAUGCCAAUCUGGAGAGUGAGAUGGAGCACUGUUUGCCCAUUGAAAUAGAAGAGAAAAAGGAAGAUGUGCAUCAGGUCUCCUUGUUUUUCCUUUGCCCUCGGACAGGGCCUCAAGGGAGGAAUUUGCGUCGUCGGUGCCGUCCUUGCCCAGAAACAGUAUUGGGGAGGAAGGUGUCAUGUGUUCGGCAGAGAGGGGGUUGGUUUCAGAUGGAUCCCGCCAGGUGA